AUGCUUCUCAGUAGCAUUUACACAUUCCUUUGGUGCUUUACUAAUUGUUUCUUUUUCAACGUUUCUUGUUCAACAUCUGAAUUUAGAUUGGAGGGAGAUUACUUAUUGGGUGGACUUUUUGCUUUACAUGAAAUUGACCUUGUGACACCUGUUUUCAACCCGGAGACCACUGAAUGUUUCAGGCACAAUUUCUCAAAAUCUGGAUAUCAAAUGAUGCAAGUAAUGAGGUUUGCUGUUGAGGAGAUCAAUAAUUCCACAACUCUUUUGCCCAAUGUUUCUCUGGGGUAUGAACUUUUUGACCAUUGUUCUAACACAAGGAAUUUUCAUUCAGUCUUAAGUUUCAUCUCAAAGAAUGGCUCAAUAAACCCUAAAGAAAAACUCAACAACUAUCAGCCUAAAGUGAUUGCUUUAACAGGACCAUAUGGAAGCCCAAGAGCUAUAUCUGUUGCACCACUGAUCACAAUGGACCUUAUACCAAUGGUGAAUUAUGGAGCUUCUAGCUAUGUGCUCAGCAAUAAACUUCAGUAUCCUUCUUAUGUAAGAACACUUCCUAGCAACAAAGACCUAAUAAAGAUGAUUAUUCACAUUAUACAGUGGUUUGGAUGGAAUUGGGUUGCCUUUCUUGGAAGCCAACAGGAUUUGGAUGGACUAAAUCUGUUUAACAAAUAUAUAAGAAAUACUAGCAUUUGUUUAGCCUUUCAAGAGGGUUUGAGCCUAAAUGCAAACUAUAGUCAAACGCUUAAAAAGAUUGAUGAGCUCAACAUCAAUGUCAUUGUAAUUUUUGCUUUGCCACAAUAUGCAACCAAAAUAAUCAAAGCAGCCAUAGCAAACAACAUCCAAGACAAAGUAUGGAUUGCAAGUCAACACUGGUCUAUGAAUAAACAGCUUCCAAGUGAGCCAGGAAUUAGGAAAAUUGGCACAAUCAUUGGCAUUACGGAGAACCUAUUGUCAUUGCCUGGAUUUAACGAAUUUGUCUAUGGCCAUAAUGAUAGAGCUGAGAGUGAAGUCCAGGGGAAGAGUAAAAUAUGUAAUCAAGUUUGUGAUUACUGCUCAUUGUUGACCGCAGAGGAGAUUAUAAAUGAAAAUCCCACACUCUCCUUUGCCAUUUAUUCUGCUAUAUAUACCAUAGCUCAUGCAUUACAUAUAGUUCUGCAUUGUGACAUGGAUGAAUGCCACAAAAAUAUAAUGGUCAAGCCAUAUAUGCUUCUUGAAGAAAUAAGGAAGUUGGAUUUUCUACUCAUUGGACGUCACAUUAAAUAUGAUGAUAAUUUUGAUCCAACCAUCAGUUUUGCAGUUGUGCUCUGGCGCACUGAUGUGAAUCCUCCACAGUUUAAGAUUGUGGGCUCAUAUGAGAAUCAUCUGGAAAUAUAUUUUACCAUGGACAACUCUCUCCUUCUCUGGCAUAAUGGUUCUGUUCCUUUCUCAAACUGCUCUGUUGAGUGUGAGGCGGGAUAUUCAAGAAAACCUGAAGGUUUUCAUAGUUGCUGCUUUUCAUGUGAAAAAUGCCCACCUAACACCUAUGUGAUUUUUUCUCGCGACCCCUAUACCUGUUUUCCAUGUGCAGAGAAUGAAUGGUCUGAUGAGGGCAGCACGACAUGUAAGACACGUUCUGUUGUCUAUCCUCAGUUCACAGAAAUCCCCUCCAUCAUUGUCAUGUUUUCUGCUGCAUGCCUAAUUAUUCUGCUAAUUGCUGUAUUUUGGCUUUUUGCAUACAAUUACAACACACCAGUGGUAAAGUCUGCUGGUGGUAGCAUAUGUUUACUCAUGUUGGCCAGUUUGAUUCUGUCUAGCAUAAGUGUGUUCUUUUUCUUUGGAAAACCCACAUCUGUAUUUUGCCUCCUGAGAAAUGGCAUAUUUGCUUUUUUCUUCACUGUCUGUAUUUCCUGUUUGACUGUCCGUUCCUUUCAAAUUGUUUGUGUUUUUAAAAUGGCUGCCCAGUUCCCUAAAGCACACAGCCUUUGGGUAAAACACAAUGGCCAGUGGCUUUUCAUUGCAUUUUCUUCUUUCAUUAAUUUAUUUUUUUGUGUGGUAUGGAUGACUGUCGAUCCUGUCAAAGUCAUUGCUGACUCCUGGACUUAUAAAGACCAAAUUAUGCUCAUCUGUGAAAUGGGGAAUACUACAGCCUUUGCCAUAGUAUUGUUUAUAAGUUGGUUUCUUGGUUUCCUGUGUCUCCUAUUUUCUUAUAUGGGAAGAGAUCUGCCCAAAAAUUACAAUGAGGCCAAAUCAAUAACAUUCAGUCUCAUUUUGUACUCUCUGACCUGGAUUGCAUAUUUCACAGCAUACCUCACUAUCAAAAGCAAAUACAUCAUCAUUUUUAAUGCAGUGGCCCAGUUAACCAGUAUAAAUGCAAUUCUCUUCAGUUAUUUCAUACCAAAAUCUUAUGUAAUAAUAUUCCAACCGCAAAAAAACACUCCAGCAUACUUUCAAACAUCUAUUCAGACUUAUACCCAAACCAUUAGUAGGUCUUAG